AUGUCGUCUGAUCCAGACCACGUUCCUGGAACAGUCCACUUGUUGGAUUUGGCGGGCACGCUAAAUGUGCAAAAAGUGCAAGAUGGAAACGAGAAUAUCAUUUUGCAACCACAGCCGCUGGACGACAUCAACGACCCAUUGCGGUGGAGCAAAAGAAAGAAAAACCUCCAGUUCAUCCUACUAUGGGUAUGGAGUGUGUUUUUGGCCAUCACGGUGAACUGGGGAGGCCCAUACUGGGGGGAGUGGCAGGAAGCGUUUGGGGUGACUGCCUCGAGACUUAAUGUUGCACAGGCACUCAACUUUUUGUUUUUGGGAGUUGGGUGUGUGGUUUUGCAGCCCACGGCAAUGAAGGUGGGCAGAAGAGGCGUGUACUUGUUUUGUACCGCUUUGGCGGUGGUGGGUAACGCUUUGGCGAUCCACGCAGAUAACGUCAGCUACAUCAUGGCGCUGAUGUCUGUGUGUGGGUUUGCUGCUGCUCCCACCAACUCUUUGGUGGAGAUUUCCUCCACAGACGUGUUUUUUGUCCACGAGAGGGCUAGCAGGCUUUCAUGGCUUGUGUUUGCGAUUUACUUCGGAAGUUAUAUUGGUCCCGUGGUGGCGUCGUACUUGCCCAGCUGGCAGUGGGCGUUCAAGCUUCAGGUGAUAAUUCUCUGUGUGCUUUUCGUGGUGCAAUUGGUUUUAAUGGAGGACACCUCGUUCACCAGAGACGGCAGCGAGGCCGAAAACGAGAUCUUGCACCAGAUCAAACUGAGAGAGACUGCCAUGAUGAAUGAGUCUGAGACCCCAGAAGAAUCCAAGGGAAAGUCCUUCGUCAGCCUGGAUCCAGUGGAUGAGUCCGACUCAUAUAUCGCAUCGCCAAAGCCAAAGAGAUCUUAUAAGAAGAGAAUGCAGCUUCUAGAGCUCGAAUACAACGACAAGAAACCGUUCUGGAAGAUCUUCUCCAAGCCCAUCUACACAGCAUGUUUCCCAGCAGUCGUGUGGCUGGGCAUUGUGUAUGGAGCCCAGAUGAUGUGGCUCUCGCUCAUCACGACCACCCAAUCGGAGCUUUACACCACAUACUAUGACUUUUCGACAUCGUCUGUCGGCUUGUCGAAUCUUUCUGCCCUUGGAGGAAGCUUGAUCGGUAUGAUCUACGGAGGCCCUUUUGUCGAUUGGCUUACCGUCAAACUAGCUCAUAGAAAUAACGGUAUUCUCGAGCCCGAGUUCAGAUUGUGGGCCAUGAUUGCGCCCACUUUGUUCAACGCUGGCGGCCUUAUAGCGUAUUGCAUUGCACCUCUCAAGCAAGAGCCUUGGGCUGUUUCUAUCAUAGUGGGUCAAGGGUUUCUCGGGUUUGCCAUGGCUGCAGCAGGCCCAAUUUGCUUGACCUACGCAAUUGACAGUUACACCGAAGCGGCCUCUGAGUCGCUUGUGCUUAUCUUGUUUCUCCGAAACAUGAUUGGGUGUGGGUUCACGUUUGCGAUCCAGCCGUGGCUCAAUCGUUGUGGAUUAGCCACGACAACGUGGUUGAUGUUUAUGCUUUCGAUUGUGAUCAACGGAAGCUUUUUGGUAUUUAUCGUUUUUGGAAAGAACAUCAGGCGGAAGACAAGAUUUGUUUAUGAAAAGGUAUCCGCAAUGGAAUGA